AAAAAAACAUUUCUCAAAUUUGAUUUUUAAUUUAUAUAAGUUUCCUAAUAACCUCUCACGAGAUUUAAAGUUUGCGCCAUUUGUGGAAUAAACUGUCGCAGAAAAUAAAUAAAUAAGACAGUAUAUUCAGUGUUAUUAAAAAUUUAACGUUACAUGAAAGAACAACGCGUUUUCAUUGUUGAGUCUUUUCCUUAUCGUUACAUUUUCCAUUUAAGUGGUUAGAAAUAGCUACCCAGAUCAUGCGAUUUUACAUCAUUUGACUUAAGAAAAGCUCAGAAGCACCACAUUUUGAAGGAGGAAAUUAAGGUUUACGCCAACAAAAUUUAGUCAAGAAGACCAUUUAAAACUUCGGCAAAAUGGAGCAUAUGUGUCAACAAAGGUGUAGAUGACCUCGAUCAGCUACAUUAAUGUACAUUUAAAACCAGCCUUAAUUGUGUAUUUUACAAAUCAAAAUUCGUAUUUUCUUGCAUUAUCAGGCAUGUAAAAGAUGAGUGCUUUCGUAGAUGUGCUUUUAAAUUUCUUGCCUUCAUAUUUUCACUUCAAGAAGAGAGUCAAACAUAAUUUAUUGUAUUGCAGAACAGUGCGACAAGCUCUUUACGAAAGAUUAUAGCUUUGCGUUUCCAUAAAAGAUGCUUUUAUGGUUGAGACUAGAUAAACAGCAGAGAGCAUAAUUCAUAAAUCUGUGUGAUCAGUUUUUUAAGAUUACUUCCUACUACUUAAAUUCGGCUAAUAGUAAAGUAUGUAACAUAUGUCAGAAAUAGUGCAUGGUUAGAAUCUGAUGUCUAUAAUGACAUUGUUUUAAUUUUAAAAAUUAUGCGUAGGGAGUUGCGGAUAGUCAUAGAAGAAGGAAGUCUGUUAGUUUCUGUCUUGAUUUUCAAAUAGAUUAAAAACUUUUAAUUUAGGAAACUAUGUAGAACUAAAAACUGCAUUAAGCAUAGCUAUAAAAAAGUUAAGUCGUUGAAAUGUUAGAAAGUAUUUUUGAUAAUUAAAUAAUUUAAAUACAAAAAAAUAUAAUGGAAUGGGAAAAUAUCGUAGUACAUCCCUAUACAACUGAGAAGAGGAGGAGAGAAAAUGGUAUAGACAUGGAACCGGUCUUUUCUCUAGGUAGCGCUAGCGUAACAUACAUCUUGUAGUAAAAGUUAGUGAUUAGUUUCUCUUUACCCUUUUCUUUUCUCUGUCCUCAAGUUUGUUUAUUUACGUUUGAAUGAAGUGAUUCACUAUAUGUGGAUAUUUUGUACUCUGAAAAGCUUCACAAAGUUGUUUCUGGUUUUGAAAGAAGUUUGUGUUGAAGAACGAUGGAUGAAAGGAAUUCGCAGGAAUUUUCCAUAAGCAAGACUUCUGUUCAUAUUAAAGAUAAAUCUUAUUCGUGUGAUUUAUGUAAAAAGAGUUUCUCUAAAAAAGGUAGUUUAAAUAAGCAUAACCUCACUCAUACGGGAGAGAAGCCUUAUUCUUGUGCUAAAUGUAGAAGAAGGUUUUGUAGAAUAAGUGAAUUAAUCGAACAUAGUCUUGUUCAUAGUGGAGAAAAACCUUAUCCUUGUAGUGUAUGUAAUAAGAGUUACUUUAGAAAAAGUUAUUUAGUUGCACACACCCUUGUUCAUACCGGAGAGAAACCUUAUUCUUGUAGUAUCUGUAAUAAGAGUUUUUCGCGUAAUUCGAAUUUAACUCGACAUAUUAGUUCCCAUACGGGGGAAAAAAAAUUUUCUUGCAAUUUAUGUGAUAAGAGUUUUUCUCAAAAAUGUUUAUUAGAGGGACACAAUCGUAUUCAUACUGGAGAAAAACCUUAUUCUUGUAGUUCAUGUGAUAAAAGUUUCUCUCAAAAACGAUAUUUAGACACUCAUUUCCGUGUUCAUACUGGGGAGAAACCAUACUCUUGUACUGUGUGUAGUAAGAAUUUCUCUCGGAAGAGUCAUUUAAAUGCACACUACCUUAUUCAUACUGGAGAAAAACCUUACUCUUGUAGUAUAUGUAAUAUUAGUUUUUUUAGAAAACUUAAUUUAGAUACACAUUAUCAUCUCCAUACUGGGGGAAAGCCUUAUUCUUGUAGUAUAUGUAAUAAGAGUUUUUUUCGAAAGGACUGUCUAACGCAACACAUUCGCACCCAUACUAAAGAAAGAUCUUAUUCUUGUGAUGUGUGUGGUAAAGGUUUUUCCAUUAAGUAUCAAUUAGAACGACAUAGUCGUGUCCACACUGGUGAAAAACCUCAUUCUUGUAGUAUAUGUAACAAGAGUUUUUCUCAUAAGCAUGUUGUAACUAGACAUUAUCUUGUCCAUACGGGUGAAAAACCGUAUUCUUGUAGUAUAUGUAAAAAACGUUUUUCUCAAAGGACACAUCUAACUACACACCACAGUCUUGUUCACACUGUCAAAAAAACGUUUUCCUGAGAUGAAGCUAUCUAUUGAAAUUUGGAAAAGUAUAGAAAAUUGGGUAUUUGCACUCCAAAAAGAGGAAGACAAUCUAUACCCACACAUGUGACCUAUUACGUCAGCUCCCGCUGAUCUUCAGCAACAAAGUGGCGUAUUAAAGUCGAGCUAAGUUUCCCUACAUAACUUAGAAUGUUAAUUGACUUUAAUUAAAUAAAGCAUCGUAUCGUUCA